AUAUUAUACGUUCUACGACUAGCCAAAAAGGUUAAUAUUAUCAUUGUCCACUAUAAACCCGUACCUAUACAAUAUGGUUUUGGUUAUUUGUAAAAUAAUAAUUUUCGUUCGGAUUGUUGUUGUCUAAAUUAACAACGCUAGCUGUUACAUGAGUGGAUUUGACAAAAAACCUCGAGCACUGCACUAUCAGAAAAUAAUAUACCUAUUCCGUGGCCGAAGCAAGUAUUUAAAGUUUCAGAAUGGACGUUAUAGCAGAACGUUAUGUACAGUUGUAUGAAUUCUUCCAAAAGAAUAUCCUGUGCGACGUGUCUUUGGAGUGCGACGAUGGUGUUGUUGUUUCUGCCCAUAGAGUUGUCUUAGCUUCGGCGAGCACAGAGUUUUUGUCGAUGUUCAAAGAAAGCCAAACAGACACGAUUCGCAUGUAUAAAAUAAAAUCCGAAGAUUUGCGACAAUUAGCGAAAUUUGCAUACACAUUCGAGGCGGACAUAAACGAAGAAGAUUACAACCAGGAGAAGUUAUUGUAUUUUAAGUUUUACAAAUGUGUACAGUUAUUCAAAACGAACGGCAAACUUCCCAAAGACAUGGCGAAAUCUUACAAACGUUUUUACGAAUUCUUCCAAAAACAAACCCUGUGCGAUGUCACUUUGGAAUGCGAAGACGGUUCGGAAAUUGCCGCUCACCGAGUCGUCUUGGGUUCGGCUAGCUCUUGGUUUUUGGCCAACAGUCCCUGUAGAAACGGUAAGAUACCGGUAAAAGAAGUCAAAUCCGAAGUUCUGAAGUCGAUUGUCAAGUUUGCAUACACAUCCGAAUUGGACAUCGAGGAAGGAAAUCUUUUGGAAUUACUGAAAGCUGCGGAUUUUUUCGGAUUAAAAGACACAACACAUUUAUUUUAUGAGUACAUCGAUAGUCAUUUAAACCCUACCAACUGCCUCGACUUGGUGAUAACUUUGGCUGAGCUCAAUUUGAACGAAAUACUUCACAGUUUGUGUUUCGACUAUGUUUUAAAUCAUUUCAGAUAAGUCUCGUCGGGUCUGUUCGUUUAAUAAACUUAUGAAAUAAAUAUAUGCGUUUUUCUUUUAGUAACAUUGUGAAGUUGGACUCCGAGUUGAUAAAACUAUACCGAUUGCCGCUUUCCGACGUGAUCGAGUUCAUUGGCAAAGAUAACCUUAUAGUCGAAUCCGAAGACAAUGUCUUUGAAUUUAUCGUCGGCUGGAUAAACAAUAACGUAGAAGAACGGUACUUUUUACCCGCUCUAAUGAAAUGCAUACCGACUUCUUACAUCGUUACAGAAAAAGGCUAUAAACGUAUUCUAAAAGAAUCCCUAAGACAUUUGAGCGACAACAAAUGCUGUUUGUUAGAACUGCUGCGGAAAAUCACAGACAUUCGCGUGGAUCCAAAUAAUUCAAACGCGACCGUUAGAAAACCGUCAUAUGCAUUUCAACCAAUUGUGUGCUGAUAAUAUUUCAAAACUGUGGAUAAUAACUGCCCAAGAUAUUUUUAAUAAUUAUUGACCGUAGCCAUAGUUUGUUUUAAAAUUGUAUAUAUAUAUAUUUAUUU